AUGGAUCAAGGGCUCCGGUACGAUUCUUCUCGUGAGACAACAGUCCGCUCAAGUGAGGAGAGAUCAAAGUUUGAGGUGGAGGCCUCAGAGCAAGGCCUCUAUGGUCCGAGUUCAUUAAGAGCCGAGCCUCAUUCUCCACCACCCUCCACUCGUUUCUCAAGACUUACUGAUUCGUUCAGAAUACGAUCCCCUCAGUUGUAUAAUGUUGCUGAUCGAACGGUCAAAUACAUUCGGGGACCCAGGCCGAAAGUCGAUCUUCCGAGCCCUGUGCCCCUCCUCGGUCGCACGUACAACUUUAAAGGCCGUCGAUUUACCAUUGCACUCGAACCUGUGAUUAUUCGAUUCACUCGUCCACUUACCACUACAUGGCUUUUCGCCCUCCUCGUAGCGGCAUACAUCAUCUCCUUUUCCUUUUUGGUCCGUGCACAGUGGUAUACAAUCCCUGCGAGCUCUUUUGUCGGUUGUACAUCUGUCUACUGGACAGGAGACGCAGGAUGCGGUCUGGACGGUAGUUUGUGCGCGCCGUUUAGUAAUUCGUCUUUCGAUUUUAGAUGCCCGGCGCAAUGUAGCAGUGUUGUCCUGCAGAACCCGCGUUUGGUGGGCGAUGAAUCUGUGGAUUUUGUACCGCUCCUUGUUGGAGGUGGGGAUAUUCAGAAGACUUAUAGAGCUGAUAGUUUUAUUUGCGCUUCUGCCGUUCAGGCCGGCCUUUUCAGCGACUCAACAGGAGGUUGCGCAUCUGUUAACCUCGUGGGGAAUUUCACGAACUAUUUACCUGCAACUGCUUUUGGACUAUCUUCCAUUGGAUUCCCCUCUGUAUUCCCGAUGUCCUUUAGAUUUUCACCGUCUAAUGUUCUCACUCACUGUAUCGACCUCCGCACACCGGCGCUUGCUUUCAACAUACUUAUUACCUGUCUUCUCUUCCUCAUAUUGCGACCCAAAGCUAUCGUCACGUGGUGGUGCCUCGUCUGCAUCGGAUUUUGGCACAUUGCAUUGUUCUCCCAGCCUCAAGCGACCCCACCCCCACUAGACGUCGCCUUUGGUGCAUUCCUGCCUGCGCUUUUCGUCUGCUAUGGGUUCUGGCGCGUUGCUGUGAGGUUUACAUUACCUCUGUUUGCAAACGCGCCGUUUGAAGCUAUGAUAUUGUACCUCGCGCCUUAUUGGACUGGUGUUCUGACAAAUCUCACCAUGGACCAAAUUCCUAUUGAUCGAUUGACUGCAGCUGAUAUCAAGCAACAACCGGGGGGUGUUGUAGCACUUGUAAUCAUCGUCCUUAUCCUUCUCGUCCUGGUGGUCAACCAGAUGCGUGUUAUUCGGAAGACUGGCUGGCUGCCAUACUACCUCGGGUGGUACAUCCUUGGAGGCCUCGUGACAAUGGUGCUGGCGUUGGCGUCUGGCCUGCAGUUCAGACUACAUCAUUACAUCAUCUCGAUGGCAUUGUUCCCUGGUGUUGGCUUCCCGACGAGGCUUUCCGCGAUUUAUCAAGGGUUCCUCCUUGGAAUGUUCCUCAAUGGCGUGGCUGCGUUCGGCUUCGACUCGAUACUACAGACCGCUGCUAGCCUUGUCGGAGACGGGACAACUGGCUCCCCCCUCCCCACUUUGCUCACGAAUUCCACCACCUACAACGCCUCCAUUGCUCUCGCGAACCAAACCAUCAGCUGGAAUGGCAUGCCUACGGCCAUUGCCACGCAAGGUUGGAAUGGCUUCGCGUUACUCGUAGAUGAUGUGGAGGUGUACGUGGGCACUGCACUCAACUACUCACUUGCUGCACUGGAGGCCGACUUGCCACAUUUCUUCAGGCUUGCUUACGCAAUGGGGGGUACACCUGGUGAUUUUACAAUGCCUGCGACCCUUUGGCCGAAUGGAACUUGGGUGGACCCGCUACUCGGAGCUUCAUAG